AUGCGGUUAUCAAGUACGCAACCGCUAGGCGGCCUGCUCCUGGCAGCGGCCUCCUUAUCCAACUUUGCGAUCACCGCUGCUGCCGAUGCGACGCCAACGACCGCUGCGGAGCCGUGCACGGCGACCUCUGCGAGCGGCUUCCACGACCUGCGGCGGGACAUCGCGGUCCAGCUACCCGAGGGCGUCAAGAAGAACAAGAACGGUGCGCCAAAUACCGACUACUUCGCCAGGGGCUGGGACUACCCCUCAAACUUCACCAUCAACAUCUGCGCGCCGGUUGUGGAGCCUGUCAAAAAGGUGGUUGGCAUUGAUGAGGACAACUGGAGGAACGUCAGCGCGUAUUACACGUCGUCGGACGGGAAGGUUUAUUCGAUAGGGCAAGAAUCGUCAACAUUAACGGUACGAGGCCGUAAAAUCUCAUUACAAUAUAUAAACGGAUCCCCCUGCGGUGAGGAAAACAAGUCCAAGGACAAACUCCGGAGGAGGAGCGGCGGCAGCCACGACAAGCGGGGCUCGGUACACUUGGGCGCAUCGCACAGUAGCUAUGACGAUGAGUCGCGAACCAGGGCAGCCGAAAAGGACAAGGAGAAGGAGGCCAACAAGAAGAGGCGCAAGUCGACCACCUUCUCCUUCAUUUGUGACCACGAGAUGAUGGGCGAGAAGGCCGUCGUGAGCUAUAUCGGCAGCACGCCAGACGAGUGCGCCUACUUCUUUGACGUCAGGUCCUCACACGCCUGCGCCGGCGUCGAGCCGCACAAGCCGGGAAGCGUGGGUCCCGGUGGUGUUUUUGCCAUCAUCUUCUUCAUCGCCGUCGGAGUGUAUGUGGGCGGAGGCGUGUUUUACCAGCGCACCGUGGCGCACGCUCGAGGCUGGAGGCAGUUGCCGAAUUAUAGCCUCUGGGCAGGAAUCUGGAGCUUUAUUUCGGACUUUUUUGUUAUCGCCACCUCUUCCUGUGCCCGCUGUCUUCCGGGCAGGCGGGGGUAUCGAACUCUAUCUUCGUCCCCGAGCGGAAGGGGCAGAAAUAGGGAAGACGAGAAUAGGUUGAUUGAUCAACUAGACGAAGAGUGGGACGAUUAG